AUGUUAAGCACCAGGAAUAAUUUGGGAGAAAACUUUUUCCACGAGGCAUGUCGAGCAAGAUCAAUAGCGCUUCUUCAGAGAGCGGCAGAAUGGGUAGAUCAACCAAUUCCAACGAUCUUGGCUACAAAAAACAAUGAUGGUGAACAGUGUACCCAUAUAAUUGUUAAAUGCAAAGAAUAUUAUGCAGCUGACAUGAUGAAAAUCGUCAUGUAUCUUGGGGCUGACAUCAACGGCCGAGAAGGACUUGGUGGAUUCACUCCGCUUCAUUUGUGUGUCUGGGAGAAAAAUUAUAAACGUGCCGAAUGGUUGUGCAAAGUACCAGGCAUCAAUCUAGAAGCCGAAAAUUAUGCUGGACAAACAACAUAUGAUUUAGCCUAUGAAAGAAACGACUAUGAAAUGAUGAAAAUAAUUUUGGAAAAGUCUAUUGAAGCCAAGUCUGAUCCACCAAGUGUAAAAGACAGUAAAACGUCGGCAUGUCGAGCAAGAUCAAUAGCGCUUUUUAAGAGAGCGGCAGAAUGGGUAGAUCAACCAAUUCCAACGAUCUUGGCUACAAAAAACAAUGAUGGUGAACAGUGUACCCAUAUAAUUGUUAAAUGCAAAGAAUAUUAUGCAGCUGACAUGAUGAAAAUCGUCAUGUAUCUUGGGGCUGACAUCAACGGCCGAGAAGGACUUGUCUGGUCACCGCCAACGAUGAUCAGACUGAUGAAGACUCUGGCAAAGAAGAUGUCGGUAGACAUAAACAAUUUGCCUCCAAGUUUACUUCGAGCACCAGCAGUACCUACUGCUUUUAGAGAAGAAUCGGACGAACCAUCAGUCAAGUCAGCAGAAGAAAUAUGCUUAGAGAAAAUAACAAAAAAAAUUCUGUGUCUCAGCUACAUCUCAUUUACCAAAAAACAAAAACUGGGGGGGGGGGGGGGGGGCGCGAAAGUGCAGGCGAUUAAUAUCGAUACCCAUGUCUUCCGUCUUCAUUACAAAUUGACGGUGAUUGUUCUUCUGGUGUUUUCGCUGCUGAUCACCUGGAGGCCGUUCUUCGGAGAUCCUAUGGAGUGUUACUUCCCAGACUUCCCUACCAUGUCCCUGAACACCUACUGUUACAUCCAUUCCACGUUUCUUGUCGUUCCAUUGGAGAAAAAGCCAGUGCCUCAAAAGUUACCAUAUCUUGGAGUUGCCGCGCAGACGGAGAAAGACACCGUAAAGUUCUACGACUACUACCAGUGGGUCUUCGUCGUAUUGGUUGCACAAGCAGUACUCUUCUACUUGCCGCAUUAUAUAUGGAAAGUAUGGGAAGGUGGACUAAUGAAAAUGUUAGCGGUGGACCUGUCAUCUCCAAUGAUAAGCGCAGAUCGCGUCAACAAAAAUACGGACGUAUUGUUAGAAUAUUUCCAAAAGCAGCUGCAUUUGCACAACAGUUAUGCCUUUAAAUAUUUUUCAUGUGAACUGUUGAAUUUGAUAAACAUCGUAUUUCAAAUAUUAUUUAUGAAUAUGUUCCUUGGCAACGAGUUCCAAUACUAUGGACUUUAUGUUUUAGCUGUCAACUGGAAGGAAAGACUUCGAGAAGAGAUGACAAACCCUAUGCAAUGGCUGUUUCCUACUGUGACCAAGUGUACUUUUAAGAAAUACGGUCCCUCUGGAUCUGUAGAACUAAGAGACGGACUGUGCGUUCUUACACAGAAUUCAGUUAAUCAGAAAAUAUUGCGCAGCUUCCGGUCUACGUGCAGUCUGAAUAGUGCUAGAGACAUUAACGUAGUGUUUGACAAGCUAUGGAUAGGGGAUUGGUUUUUGCUAUGCAUGUUGCAACGGAAUAUUAAUUGUGUAGCCUACAAGGAGCUUAUAUUCCGUAUAGCACGGAGUUGCGACUCCAACAUUUGUUCAAUAUGUUUAGAAGCCGCGGAGCGUCAACGUAAGAGGUCUUCCGCUAAAAGAGAUGAGAACCGGCAGCGUGAAACCUCAGGUGUUGAGGGAGAAGCCGAGCCUCAGCGUAAAACAUCGGUUGCUGACAAAGACGGCGGACCUGCUCAGUGUCGGACAUCAUCAAAGCAAGAGGCGGAGCGUCAGCGUGAAAUAUCAGCUGUAGAGCAACAAGUCGACGCUCAGCCCGGAACAUCGGCUGAUAAGCCAGAAGGUGAACGUCAGCGUAAAACAUCGGACGUGAAGCGAUAUGCUGAGCCGCAGCGUAAAAUAUCAGAAGUCUGGUCACCGCCAACGAUGAUCAGACUGAUGAAGACUCUGGCAAAGAAGAUGUCGGUAGACAUAAACAAUUUGCCUCCAAGUUUACUUCGAGCACCAGCAGUACCUACUGCUUUUAGAGAAGAAUCGGACGAACCAUCCAGAAAGAAGAGAACUAAAACUAUAACGAAAGGAGAGAUAAAGGAAACAAUAGAGAUCGAUAAUUACAAAGUGAAAGAAUUUAAAUUUAAUGAAAUGUUGGACUUGAAGAAUCUUGGCGUUGGGCUAAUGAGAAACAAGAAUAAAGAUAAGAUGAACGAAACUGUAAACUGGCUUAAAAUAAAAAGGAUGAAAUACAUAAAAGGAGAUUUAAAAAUAUAUUUUAACUAUGACAUGUCUGAAGACUAUCGUACUAUAGAUGUUUGUAAGAUGCCUGUGAACACAUCUAAAACCAGAGCUAAAAGGAAUUCAAAUCCUCCCUCAGUCAACGUUCAAUUGCCGGAAGAAAUUGAGCUCUUGUACUCUUCUCAAUUACCUAUAAGUAUCGCCAAAAAGAAAGAUCUCCUUAAUAUGUGUGAAAAACAAAUUAUACCUGAAGAACUUCACGCUUGGAUACGAGAUAUGAAAACAUAUACCAAACAACCAGCCUUCGAAAGUGACGAAGAGUGAUUGGGACAUGUUUUAUUUAAUAUUAGUUUCUCAAUAAAAUACAAAAAAUGUUUAAUUUGAUCUCUGUCUUUGGUGUAAAACCCAAUAAGUCACUACUCCACGUUAUUAAUUUUCUAUUAAUAUUAGAAUGGUGUACAACGGACACUUUAAAAUUGUUUUAGUAAUCAGUUAAAUA